UUUGGAUCAGCUACUAGUUUUAUGUCAUUAAAUCGCCUACAAAUUAUAACAAACUACAUGUUAAUCUAGACAAUGGACAACGAUUUUCAGAAACAACUGUACAGUAAUGGCCUAUCCUAUAAAAGGUCACUGGAACGAAUCAUAGCUAAGUAUUCCAAGCUGCAAGACCAAGACGGAGGCAUAGAGGUGGACCUCAACAAGACGAAUAUAAGAACAUUUCACCGUUACAUGAGGCAGGCAAAAAAGAAGCUGGAUGAGCUGGAAUCAAUGAGCCAAGCAGAUUCAAGAGAGGAGUCAAUAGAGUCACAAGACAUUACAAGAGACUCUCAGUUGGCUGUAUCACAUCAUGAAGAAAGAGAUUGUGAGAUGUCAGUUCAGCUGCUCUCUGAUCAGGAUGAUGCUCUGCCUAGAAGUGAAAGCUCUGAGAUGACGUGGAGCUUAUUGGAUGAGAGUCAGAGAAACAUUUCUGAAAUGGAGCUCCAGCCUGAGGAUGAUGAACAAGAAAUGUCUCUGAAACGUCAAGGCAGCUGUUUAGCUGAUCUCUACCCUAAUAUGAUCAGCCAGAUAGGGAAAGCCUGGCGCCGCCAGCAUGUCUCUGAGGCUGCUGACUCUGUGCUGAGGAGGUACCGCAAAUGGCGACACCUGUCGAACAAGAGCAACCUAAGUACAAUCUCUAACACAACACUGAGAAAGACCAGCAGCAACUCAAACAAGACAAAGAGAAAGCCCCAGAUCAAUAAGACCAUCAAUAGCCCUUUCAAGAAGCUCUUUUUGGGAAAUAAAGGUGCUGAAGCUGCUCCUCUGUCUCCUUUACGAAUUGAAAAUUAUGUGAAGGACUGUCAGGCACAGCACCACCACCACCACUCACCUGGGAAGGGGAUUGGCUUGCAGAGAAGAGAGCAGCAGCCACCUGUCCUUGUAAUGGACUUGUCUUCUCAUAGCUCUGAAGAGACUUUGCUUAAAAGGACCUUCACAAUAUCUUACCCGUCUCCACAGAGAUCCCAGCCCUCUGCCUACACUGUCAGUCCCUCACAGCCUUGUUAUCCCACUGCAAAAGCUCAGGAUAUCUCUUUUCGGUCUAAGGGGUCUUCUCUCUCCCCACUCCUUAUGCAAACUGCUGGUUGCUCCAUCUACGAAUCAGAAAGCCCAGCUUCAAAAAAAAAACCCUAUAUCUAUGGCUCUCCAGUCAGGCAAAGUCCUUUCAAAGCGAGGCUGAUGAGCAGGGAAGGCCUUGGUGGAAUUCCUCAUGCUUUUUCUGUGAGCCCAAAGUCAUACUCACCAAGUUACUCUCGAGAGCUAAAGAGACCGAGAUCAGCAUCCACUUUUCUGUCCUCCCCACCUCAAACAUCUACUGCACCUCUGAGGAUGCUCCACUAUCAAGACUCCUGCCCUAUUGUCCAGUCUCAGGUGCAUCCACCUCUGUCACCCAUAGCAGUAGGGCAUCACAGGCGCCGACGACGCCUUUCCUUUGACUCCUCCUCCCUGCCAUCCAACCGUGUCUCUUACUCUGCAAAGGACCUGGACAAUGACUUCAUAAAACUCUACCACAAGUUUGUCUGCCAGAGCAAGUCCCCAUUCUUGAGCCGCCCUCCCUGUCGUCUGUGUGAAACAAACUCAGAGGCCAGCAGAGGUCACUCUUCCUCAGCUUUGGCAGCUCUUGCGCUGUCGCCCCAUCGCUCUCUUCUGAGGAAACGCCACAGGGAGGAAAAGUUGGAUGAUCAUCUCCAGUCCAAGUGCUCCAAGGAACAGUACUACACAUAUUCUCCAGGCUCCAAGCGCUACUUUAGAGUGAUGCUAUCACGCCGUUUCCUUCCAUCAGAACUGGUGGGGUCUCAUGGCAACAGUCGAACAGCUUCAGUAAAUACACCAGUGUUGCAAAACUCAGCACCCAGAAGAUCAGGAAGCCUGGAGUCAAGGCCAGUCUACAUGUGGAGCUAAAUUUUCCACUGGCAGGAUUUUGUGGGAAAAAGGGAACUCACUAGCUUGGCAUGUUUUCUCAACAAGAAAACGACUGUUGUGGAACAUUUGGGUGCAAUGUGAUGUUUUUGAUGUGGCAUUAAAUGAAAACAAUUACCAUGCUGAGCUAAGGACAUUGUUAAAGAACUUGAAUAAGGAUACAUGUUAACAGUUCAACUAAAGAUAUUGUGGUUAUUCCACACUUUUUAAGCAUGUUAUUAUUGUGAAUGGUUGCUUUUUUCCAUUGUUUUUUUUUUACAUGUUCAAUCCAUUUAUUUGUUAAAAUGUGCAACAGAACAC